AUGAUUCCUCACAUCGACCGCGUCUCCCUCUGGGCGCUCACCAGCACGGCCGAGGCUCUCAACAACUCCGGCAUCACGGACCCGUACGAGCUCUACGAGCACGUUCACCCGUCCGAAGUCGGCACAUCUAUCGAUUCAGGUAUGGGUGGUGUGGAGUCGAUGGCGAAGAUGUUCAAUGACCGCCGCGAUGAGAAGGAGGUACAGGCUGAUGUCCUUCAGGAGACGUUCGUCAACACGACGGUGGGCUGGAUCAACUUGCUCUUGUUAUCUUCGUCUGGUUCGAUCAAGAUUCCGGUUGGUGCUUGCUACAUUGCCACCGCGCUCCAGGCUCUCGAGAUUGCCAGCGACACGAUUCUCUCUGGCAAGGCCAAGGUCAUAAUCGCUGGAGGGUUCGACGACUUCUCUGAGGAGGGUUCUUACGAGUUCGCCAACAAGAAGGUUACCAGCAAUACGGAGACGGAGUUUGCUAUGGGCCGUGAGCCGACGGAGAUGUCACGCCCAACCACGACCACCCGUGCUGGGUUCAUGGAAGCUCAGGGUGCAGGUGUGUAG